AAAAGAGGUUGUUGUAAUUUAAGUUGGAAAAUUCUGCAUCUAUAUAUCCUGCUGUAACAGUGUACAACAGGGAGCCAACAAAAAUGGAGAAAGGAGAAGGAAAUCCGCAGAAGAAAGCUCAUUGCUUGAUCUUGCCAUACCCAAUUCAGGGCCAUAUAAACCCUAUGCUCCAAUUCGCCAAACGCUUGCUCCAAAAGGGUAUCGAAAUCACCUUAGUUGUAACUCAAACAUUGGUCACAAGCACACUCUUCUCAUCAAGCACCAUCCCGCUUGAAACCAUCUCCGAUGGAUGGGCCGACUUGCCCCCCGGCACCGGCUACGAUGUUCACUUGGCACGAUUUAAGGAAUUCGGGUCCAGGACUUUGAAAGAAGCGUUGGUUAGGCUGACUGAUUCGGGUCGCCCUGUGGACUGUAUCGUUUUCGACCCGUUUCUGCCUUGGUGUUUGGAUGUGGCGAAGGAGAUGGGCCUGGCGGCGGCGGCGUUCUUCACGCAGUCCUGCGCCGUGGACCAGAUUUACUACCAUGUGUUCAAGGGGGAAUUGAAGGUUCCGCUGUCCGGAGAGGAGAUUUUGAUUCCCGGGUUGCCGCCGUUGAAGCCGGAAGAUAUGCCUUCUUUCAUGUACGUGCAUGGAUCCUACCCGCCGCUUUUUGAGGUGGUUCUUAAUCAGUUUAGCGGCCUUGAGAAGGCUGACUGGCUGUUUCUCAACACAUUCUACCAGUUGGAAGAAGAAGUGAUUGAUAAUAUGGCAAAGUUCUUGCCGGUGAAGACAAUCGGGCCGACGGUACCAUCCAUGUACUUGGACAAGCGGGUACCGGACGACAAAGAAUACGGGCUCAACGUCUACAAGCCCGACACUGUGGCCUGCAUGGAAUGGCUGAACCAGCAGCAGCCCGAAACAGUUGUAUACGUUUCUUUUGGAAGCUUAGCCCAAUUAGGAGAGGUGCAAAUGGAAGAACUGGCAUGGGGUCUAAAAUUGAGCAACAAGCAGUUUUUGUGGGUGGUGAGGUCAUCUGAAGAAUCCAAACUUCCUAAAGAUUUUGCACAAGAAUCCUCGGAGAAGGGACUCAUUGUGUCUUGGUGCCCCCAAUUGGACGUUUUGGCACAUGAGGCCGUAUGCUGCUUUGUCACACACUGUGGGUGGAAUUCGACUCUGGAGGCAUUGAGUCUGGGAGUGCCAAUGGUGGCAGUGCCUCAAUGGAGCGAUCAGGGCACGAAUUCAAAGUUUGUGAUGGAUGUAUGGAAGAUGGGGAUAAGGGCUAAGACCGACGAUAGUGGAGUUGUUAAUCGAGAGACGAUUGCUAGUUGCAUAAGGGAUGUAAUGGAAGGCGAGAGGGGGGAAGAAAUCAAGAAAAAUGCCAUCAAGUGGAAGGAAUUGGCCAGGGAAGCUGUGGAUGAAGGUGGAAGUUCCGAUAAAAAUAUUCAAGACUUCGUAUCUAGUCUUAGUUCCAAUCGCUUCUCACCAAAACAUCCAAUUGAAAUCCCAAAUUCACAAAGAAUUGUAUAAGAAUCACUGCUAAUGAGAAUUUCAAGAAUUUCAACAAAUAUCAAAUUCUCCCUUGAUUGUAAAUCGUUAA